UGUUGAGCAUCACUACAAUGUAUCACGCACUCACUCGCUCAGCGCAUCGGCAGCAGGUGCGGGCGCGCGCAUCACUGUGUGCAUCACAGAGGACAUGGAGUUAAAAACCUCCAUCAGUGAAACUGCGCUUUGAUUCACCGCACCGGCCGAAGAGCAGAGCAGCGACAUUCUGAUCCAGCUCAAACUUGAAGUGUGUUGUGGAGCUUGAAAGCAUGGAGAAAGGGCGCAGCACCCCGAAACUCUACGGAUCACUGGAUAAAACAGAGCUCUGCGCAGACACGGGCAAACAAGCUGAAGAGGAUGUGGUGUCCAUGGCUGACUCCACCAUCACUGUGGAGGACAUCGAGGGAGAGCUGUUCAGAAUCGAGAGGAUAAAGGACGCGCUGGUCCGGAAAGAGUCUGAGCUCAGAUAUAUGAUGGACGACAUCCAGUUGUGUAAGGAGAUCACAAGGCUCAAAAAAGAACUCCAGAAAUUAGUUUCAAUCCCAGACAAAGACAAGUCAAAUGAGGACAGACAGCGUGAGGAAGAACUACUUCAGCAGAUCCAGAAGCUGGUGGAGACGCGGGACUUUCUAGUGGACGACAUGGAGUUUGAGAGGCUCAGAGAGCGAGAGGAGGACAAAGAGAUGGCUGACUUCCUACAGACCAACAUUCCCAACAGGUGCAGCAUGAAAACUCACAACAAGGACAAGAGAAUGACGUCCAGAGCCCAGCAGACCUCGUCUCCUUACGUGACCAAGACAGGUGUCACCCUGCUGAAAGAGUGCUGCGGCUUCACCUGCUCCAUCAUGUAGAUACGUGAAUGUAAAACAGCCCUCAGAUCCGUGAUUCAGCACAAUAUUUUCAAGCACUCUUUCACAUUACAUUUCAGAACAGACAGCAGUGCGUGAGCUUAUGAACUGAGCUAUUCACUCAAAGUAGACAUUCUAUUUUAAUUCAUCUGGUGAUGUUCAUAUUAUGCAUAAUUAUUGCAUUAACCUAAUCAAGGAGACUUCCAGAAUUAGCAGUGUGAUUAAAUAGUACGGACAGUGUAGCCUUAGUUCAGUUAUCAUUUAUUCACCUAUAAUGUUGAUCCAAACAUGUAUGAGUUUCUUUAUUCUGCUGAACACAAAAAGAUAUUUCGUAGAAUGUUGUGGUUCCCCAUUGCUUCCGUUGUAUUUUUUUAUACUAUGGAAGUCUGUGAAACCAAAAAUAUAAGAAUGCCAGCAUUCUUCGAAAUGCCUCUGUGGCUCACAGAAGCAAGAUAUUCAGACAGAUCUGGAAGAAGGUGAGUAAAUGAAGACAGAAUUCGUAUUUUUGGCUGAACCAUUCUUUUAAAGCAGACCAAGACUAACGUCAGGCUCAGGUGCAGAAUUCCCAUGAGCAGUUGUUAAGCUCUUGUUCUUGUUAGCACAUUAUUUCCUCCCUUCCUUCUUGCAAAAGACUAAAUUAUCUGUUGUGGAGUUGCAUCACCAGCCAACCACAAUGUAUGCCACCAAAAACACUGACAUUGUCCUUGGGUUUAGAAGGAAUAGUUCACCUAAAAAUGAAAAUUCUGUCAAUUUUUGAUGAUAAGGAAAGCACUGGUGUCUGAAAUCUCACCAGUUAGGCUAGAUAGAAAAAUACUUUGACUCACUUGAGAUUUGCAUCGGGAAAUGAAUUCAGUGCACAGUAGGGUUAUUUUAGUUCACUAAAACUAAAACCA